AAAAAUUGGAAGAAAAAAAAAUUGGUGGUUCAGCUGGGAACGAGCCAGCAGGCCAUGGUGAAUUUGAGUGGCGUCGAGCUGUGAUCCGUCCACUGCUGAGAGCGGAAGGUAAUCGCUGCUCUGUGAAACCAGCCUCACGCAUUGCCCUCCAACUUCAGGAACCAUCUGAGCCAGGCCUUCGCUCAACUCACACAGAUCACUCACAGCUUGGACUGGGCAGCUCGGAACAAUGCCUCAACAGAUCCGACCCGUGGACCGAGCCAGUGUUCCACCAACUUAUUAUCCCCACUUGGGUAACAAGCACUCGUUACUGAGCUCGACGUACACUAACUGCUUGAACUUCAUUUAUAAAGUAGUACAUUUUAUAGUCAAGUAGCCGAUGUGGGACAAAAGAACACAAUGGUGUUUUUUCAAUGUUCUUCUGAUUUUGGAUUUUGCUUGUGGACAAAAGAACACAACAAUGGUUUCUUCAGAGACAGAGUCUCUUCGAUGAUUAGCUUCGCAGACCCCUCCUUUCAGUGGGAGACUGUAUGCUUGUAAUUGUACGAGUGAGCAAAAGAAACACCAAUUGUACUACCAAAGCUGUUUCUGCUUUUUGUGUCCAUCAGAAGAUCAACACUUGUUGCAGAUCUCUUACAAAUACACGAGUUGAGUUUUUGGAGGAUUCCAUUGAUUGGAGGGAUUAUAAAAUUCGACUGGACCUUUUGAUAGCUGAUGGACCAUGUGGGAUUCAGUAGCUGACAAGAACAACAAAGGAAUCCACCUAACAGAGACAACCCACAUGUUGCAGGGAAUAUAUAAAAUAUCACAGGAAAGUGAAACGGAAAAAAGAACCAGACUGAGACACCUCUUCUUGAACUUAACGCCUUACAUUGUUGUUUAUUUCCAUCUUCUUUACUGCCUGUAGGAAUUAUGAUUAUUUAUCUGAGGCAAAGAUUUCUCACUUCAACUUGAUGCGACUACUACUGGUCCAGUUUUCAUAGGAUUGGUUUCUUUGAUAGAAGAUAUUGGGUUGAUUUAAGGCCGUUGUUCUUCCAUGUUGAUGCCCCACCUGUUCUUUUAGUACUGUGUCCUUUUUGUUUUCCUGUCAUCUGAAGACAAAGGCAAAGUCAUCUUGCCCAAUAACUUUGAAAGAUUUGGUGUUUAAGAGAGAAUCUUCGGUAUAAAGGUCCUAGAUACAGCUAGAGGUUUAUUUCUGUCUUAUUCAGGAGAGAUACUGGUUCUUCUGCUUGCCAGAUCUUGGCUGGUUUUGAGAGCUCAGGUUAAUAGGUGGAAUUUGAGUCCAUUCAGCUUGGAGCUGCAGAGAGUGAGUUGAUGUUACAGAUGGUAGGAUCUUACUUCAGAAAGCCAGAAAAGGUCCUUACGACUCUGUAACCUGAAAAGUUGCUUCCUUUUUUGAAGCUGAGCUGGAUAUGGAGCUUUGAAGUUAUGUUUUGGAAUUUGGAUAUGAAGUAAGAUUCAGACAGAAGCUUGGUGAUGUAUCUUCAAUUUUUCACCAACCCAUCUCAUGGCUUAGCUCAUGUAUGCUACUCUAGUCAGAUUUCGUGUAAGGUAAGACUGAGUCGUAUCCUUGCCACGCCACCGUCUUCAGUCCUCUUGCAUAUGGACGAAAGCAAUAAUCUUCCCAAGCCCAAGAAAGGUUUUUGUCUGAGUGAAGAUUCGAGAAACAGUUUAAACAGUCUUUCUGCAGAUUCUUUGUUUAGGCAGGCCAACACAGUGGGGAUUAUUGGAGGCGUUUCAACUGAUUCCACUCUUAAAUUUGUGAAGAAACUCGUGGAUGGGAGCUCAAAAGGUGGUAUAAGCUCGUUACCUUUUGUCCUUUGCUCGGAUCCUGCACUCAACAAGGAGCUCCUCUUAUACGAGGAAAACUCGUAUCCUUCUCUUUACCAUAGAGCAGAGAGUACUCCGGUGGAUCCAAAGCUAAUUGUGGAAAAUCUAAGGAACAAGAGGAGAUAUCUUGAGAGUUGUGGAGCUAAACUAAUCGUAAUGCCCUGUCAUAUUGCACAUAUAUGGUAUGAAGAGGUCUGUGAAGGGAGUUCAGUUCCUCUGCUUCACAUGGGUGAAUGCAUCGCUAAAGAGCUGCAAGAGGCGAAAAUGAAGCCCCUUCAAGCUGGGAAUCCUCUGCGUGUAGGUGUGAUGGCCACUAGCGCCACGUUAUCCGCAGGGUUCUACCAGGAGAAACUCCAAAGCAAUGGAUUUGAGGCGGUUGUUCCAGACAAGGCUACAAUGGAGCACACUGUGAUCCCGGCCUUAGAAGCUAUGAAGAGGGAAGACAUGGAAGGAGCACGGAACCUUCUAAGGAUAGCGUUGCAGGUACUGCUGGUGCAGGCGGUAAACGUGGUGAUGCUCGGAUCAGAUGAGAUGCGUGACCUCUUGCCAGGGGAUGAUCCUCUACUAAAGAAGUGUGUUGAUCCAAUGGAGGCACUCGCAAGGUCUGCCAUUAACUGGUCAGAGAAUCGAUACUCUUAAAGGACUUUGUGUGUGUGUUGUGUGUCUAUAUAUAUGUGAAAGGAAAUAUAGAUCGGAUGAGGUGGCAUUAUACCAGUGUUUACAGUUACCAAAGUCUCAAUAUGUAUUGGUCAAUACAAGUGUGAACAUGUCUAAAGCCAAAAAAA